AAAAUUUGAGAAAGUAAAAUAUUUAUUAUUAGGGAUUUGAAAAGGAAAGAAUACAAUUAUCUUUAUGUGUAUUUCAAAUUGAAGAUAAUACUUUCUCAUUAAUGAAAUGAUUACAUCAUUGUGAAUAUAUUCUUCUACUUUACGAUUGACGUAAAGUAGGACGGAUGGGAGUAUCAAACAGAGAAGUGGUUAUAUCGUUCGAGAAAAGUAGAUAAAAGAUUUAGUCGCAUCCAAGAGAUCAUUUGCCUCGGAUCGUUUGGCAGAGAUCUGUAUACGUGUAAUUCCUUUUUAUACGUAAAAUAUAAUUUAUCGUAUUAUAAUAUCGCGAUAAAACUCAAGUGUAAGAUUCAUUGUAAUUGAAAUUCUUUAUUCGAUAUAUUCAUUUUUAUAAACGUCUUCCCGUUACAUCGUUAUAUUAGUGUGAGUUAGUACAAAAUUACGAUCAAAACUUUUCCUUUUUAUUACGUUAUUUGAAUGACCAUGGAGACAAAACAAAAAGAACAAACUGAAAUAAAAAAAAUAGCUUUAUACCAAUUACAACCAUUAUUACGAUCAACGUUAGGUAAUAAAUUGAUCGUUGAAAAUUAUACGACUACAUCAUUUUUACCACCUGGUGAGAACUAUGGUAGUACUAUUUUAGCUAUCGAUGCUAUAAUCAGACAAGAAGAGAAAUCCGAAAGAAAAAAUCUUCAUAUGAUUGCGAAAAUGGCACCUCCAACCGAAUUCCAAAGACGAGUAUUCAAUAGUCCUUUCACAUUUCGAAAGGAAAUAUUUAUGUAUGAACGUUUACUACCAUAUUAUAGGCUUAUGGAAAAGGAAUUUGGUGUUAAUGAAAGUGAAUUAUUUGACGUUAUACCCAAAUAUUAUGGUUCCCGCUUAUCUCUCGAUCCACAACUAGAUUUUGAUGACAAUGCUGUUAUUUUAUUAGAGAAUCUUAAAACACGUGGUUAUUACACUGGUAAAAGAGAUAUAGGCGUCGACUUAGAUCAUUCUAAAUUAGCCGUACGUGCAUUGGCUAGAUUUCAUGCCCUUGGAAUCGCAAUGAAACAUAAUAAGCCUGAUGAGUAUGAUAUAAUCAGAGAAGCUUCCAAAUGUCCUGAACUUAUAAAAGAUGGAUUUACAGAAUUUUAUAUACCUAUAUUAAAACACCUCGAAGAAAAUCCAGCAACGAGAAUUCAUUACGAUAGAUGUGCAGUAAUAUUAAAGGACGAAUCAUUUUUCGACGAAUGGUUAGCUGAACCAGAAGGAGAUUGGGCUACGAUAAUUCAUAAAGAUUUUUGGGUGAACAAUAUGAUGUUUCAUCGUGAUCAAAAUGGUCACGUGGAUGAUGUGAAAUUCAUCGAUUUUCAAAAUUACAUGUAUUCCAAUCCGGUAGGCGAAAUAUUAUUUUUUUUACAUUCCAGUACAGACGAUAACGUUCGGGCAAAUAAUCUCGAAGAACUCACAGAUUUAUAUUAUGAAAUUUUUAUUUCUGUAUUAUUAAAAAUGAAGUGCGAUAUUAAACCUUUCAAUCGUAAAAGUUUUAACGAGCAAUUUCUAUCGGUCGCCAAGAUGGAAUUUAUACAUUUAUGUUUUAUGUUAAAGAUGCUUACAAUCGAUGUUGAUAAAACCAAUUUGAAUAAUUCUAACAUGGAAUCAGUAAUGACAAUGUAUGAAGGUAACGAAAUGUAUACAAAAAGAUUAGAAAGUUUAGUAUUAUAUUUUGUCAAACGCAAUUGGAUUUAGCAGAAAUUUUUCUAUUUUUUCAAAUGCUGGUCCAUUUGAUUUUAAUCGUUCUCUUCUCAGGUUUUUUGUUUAUUUUCCUUUGUGAAAAUAUUAUUUUACAAAAUGACAUAUUAUAAUUCAU